GAAACGGUGUGAUUCUGGCCCAAGCCACCUUGGACGCCUCUCCCGUCUGAAGAGUAUGAAAUCCGCGAGCGUUCUAAACGUGGAAGCGUCUUAUCUGCGCUAGGCGAGCUUGAGAAGAGCUGAGAAGCGCCGAGGCCCUCGCAUAUUGAGGAAAUCGUCCCAAGAGUUUCGACGAUACGCUCAGAGCCUCGCUUCCGCUGUCGAUGCCGCUCUUUGGUGCUUUUCUUAGAAACAUCCAGCGGAGAAUUUUAUCUCGUCUCAACCGCCUCGUGCCAGUUCCGCCGAGGCAAUUCAAAUCACGGCCAUGGCGUUUGUCGCAGCCGCGCACCAUCGCCAGCAGCGAGUCGUGAGAUAUCGCAAAGAGCACCAACAAGACUGAAGAUACAAAAGCCUCAUCUACCAGAGCUCAUCCGCCCGUCACAGCAAUGGACUCAUCACCACCACCACCUCACCCACUCGGGCUUUUGAACACACUAGAAGAAGCCACCGUCGACGUUCCCUCCACAAGCUGCACUCACGACAACAGCAAAAUGACCGUCGACAUCCGUGCCGACGCCGACGCCGACGCCCUCACACCGGCGCAGCUGCACGCCCUCUUCGACAUCCUGACGCACUACCAGGCGUACAGCGAGAUCCGCGACUUCAGGGAUCCCAAAACCAUAUCCGAGUAUGGCGAGCCCUUCGUGCGCGGCGACGGUAGGCCCGCGCCCCGUUCCGCAGCUCCAGUGCUGCAGCAUCUCGUCAUGACCUUUGGGCUGCCCUUCGUCGGCGUCCGCAACUUGUCCCAGGACUUCUGGAGCGUGGAGUUGCAGGGCGUCCUCGGCAGCUUUGCCGAGGCCAACCUGUCCGAGAGCUACGACAAAGGCGCUGUGGGUGCUAGGAGAACCCUCAGCACCAUCGCGUCAUCUGUCAUCGAGUCCGCCACGCGGGGCUGCCUGGGAGGCCACGCCAAGCACGUCCGCAUCGGCGGGCAGCUGCGGCAGACCAGCUACGACAUGGCCAGCGCCGCGUCGCUCCAGAAGGCCUGGGAUGACCUCCUGCAGGGGCUUGUGUACGGCGACCUCAUCGACGAGCUGGUCGACUGGGAGAUUGAGAACGAGGACCUCGAGGCGCACUCGCCGGUCGCAGAGGCUGCAGUGCGCUACAUAAUAUUGCACCUGGCAGCGGUCAUGCACCAGAUAUUCGUGGUCUCGCCAGAGGGCCAGUACCUCGUCAAGAUGAUCGAGAACCUCCACAAGCUUCUGCCGUACUCCAUGAUAAGGCAGACGCUGCGGCUGGCCAACGCGGCCACCAUGAUCAACGGCCUCGUGACGCUUCUCCUAGGGAAAUUUAGCAUAGGCUCCAUCUCCAACUGGAUCGGCGCGACGACUGAUGCCGACGACGGCCUUACUCUGCUUCAAAGAAUCGUCUCCAUGAUUCUUUCGUGGGACAGCGUGGACUUCAAAAAGGCAGCAGAGAAGGUCAAAAAGUCACUGGCCGGUCCCUCCAAGGCAGAGCUCGCAGCAAUCGAGGAGCACCUUUCCAGGCCGAGGGAAGAACAAGAGCGCAUCCGCACCAUAAGCAUCAUGAAGAAGCAGUCCAUCGUCAUGGCCAUCCUGGAGAUGGCGGACCCCAACCUGGCGGCCGACCUGCUCGAGGGCGGCCCGGAGAGGCACGCGGCGCUGCUCGAGUACUACUCGGCGCGACUGUCGAUGCGGGACCGCGACGAGAUCGCGCGCGUGCUGUGCAGGUCGCGGCCGGACCUGCCGACGCGGCUGCUGCGCGACGUGGUGGCGGCGUGCGACCCCCUCAUCCGCGAGAUGCACGCAAAGGUGCCGCUGCACGAGCACAUGGUCGACCUGGAGAGCUUCGUCACCGAGCUCAUCGAGACGUGCCGGGGCAAGAGGCCAGCGGCGGCGGCGGCGUCCGGGACGGCGACGCCCGGGCAGCCGCCGUCGGUCACCGACUUUGUCGACCUGAUGCAGCGCAAUAAACACAUGCUGUACAAGUUCCUGCACCACGUGGCCAAGGGCUGCCCGGAGAUGCGCGAGGAGUUCCGCGACUGGUGCAACAACUCCAUCAAGGAGUUCCGCGUCGCGUCGCCAGAGGCCGCCAGAGGCCAACAUGUCAACUGGACGGUCGCGGCAACAGCUGCACUCGCAGAGUCGGGGAUAAGCGUUGCAAGGCCGUCAGCGAAAAACGGUCACGAUCGAGCAGGCGGCGCAGGAGCCAUGUCUGCAGCCCUCCAAGCCAUGUUCGCCGCGCUGCCGCCGGCGACGAAAGCCGAGGUCGCGCCGCUUCUAGAAAGGCACGAGAUGUACCUGGAGAUCCUCGACGAGCAGUCGUCCAGGCGGAUGCAGGCCGUGCUGGACGACAUGAAAGGCUCCAGGCGGAGCAGUAGCAGCAGCAGCAGGGCCAGCGACAAGAGCGGCGGGGGCAGCAACGGCGGCAGCAGGGGCAGCCUUUGGAGCAGAAAGAAGAACGGGAACGGCGGUGGCGCCGCACAGCCCGCCGUCGUCGUCCUCGGCGCGCAGUCGGGCCCCGGCCGCUCGCUGGUGCGGUGGCGGGACCUCAUGGACGAGGCGCUGAUUACGGCCUCGGCGCCUAUCAGAGGACCGGUGCGGCGCGGGCGGGACGUCAGAGGCGCCACGGCCGCGGGCAAGUCCGCGACGGGCGGCAAGGUCAAGGACGGCAACAAGGGCGCGUCACAGGAUCUCGCCGAACGGCUGGAACACAUCAGGCUCGGGCAGGACGACGAGGCGCGCGGGGGCUACCGGGAGGCGCCUGAUGUGACGCUCGUCGUCGAGGCCCUGGGCCCGCUGUUCAAAGAGAUGUUACAGAAUGCGAGCGAGCGCCAGGUGGACAGCAAUAGCGAGAAACCUAUUGCGUAAAGGGGUGAGCUUUUAGGCUGGAAUCUCAUGUGAGGACAGCUAGGGUCUCGGUUGGUGCGCUUUGGAAGAUUGUUUAACGUGUUGUAUCUCUCUCUCUAUGUCUCUCUCUUUCUCUCGCGGCAUUUUUGGGUCAGUUGUGAUCAUGGCGUCUUCUUCAAACUUUGCGGAUGAAGAAACUUUUAACAUUCACAGCCAACCUUUUAGUCAAAUUCCUAUUCUACAAGUCGGCGCUGACGCUGAAACUUUAUGCCUGAUCAAGUUUAGCCCCUG